UUCAUUGCAGAUUUUGCGUUUUCCUUUUGCGUCGCCAGCUAAUUGCAUUAAAAUAAAACCAACAACAACAUACACAUUGUUGUCGUUGUUGUUGUUUGGUGUAAAUUAUUGUGUCGUCGUUGUCACCGGACAGCAGCGGACAGCGGCAACUCAACACACACACGAGGAGUGUACUUGUUGCAAAUUACAAGCCAUGCCAGCAGCAGCAGCAGCUGCAGCAGCAACAGCAAUCACAACAGCAACUAUCAGCGACAAUGGCAGACAUCAGAAUGAGAAACGUCAGUGAUUAAAACCAGUCAGCGAGGCCAGGCCCCAGCCAGGCGGCCAGUAUUGCCGUGCCAGCCCCAUUGGCACCACUCCAGCGGCAGCAACAGCGACAGCAGCACCAGCCCAGACCAAGCUUCAAGCGAGUGGCCGGCACAAGACGCUGCUGAAUCAUCAGAAUAGCAACAGAAAUAGCGACAGCAAUCGAGCCAUAGCACAAGUAGUUGCUUGCUCAAGUGCGAUCAGAGCAGGGCAGACAUCUCCAAUUGAGCUCAAAAGAGGGCGAUAGACAUCAGCCUUUGGCUUAAGCUACAGCAUCAGCUUGAAGAGACCUUCAGCGUUCAUCGUCGUCAACAACAAUGCUAAUUACUGGACACAGCAGCCGCCCUGGCACUGGGCUACGGCUCAUCAUCUGCUGCCUAGGCCUGACAGUCGUCGUUGCCUGGAUGCCCGAUGUGCGACCCGAUUUGCAAACAAAACAAGAUAAAAUCUUGGCCCAUUUUGUUGGCAACUCGACGGACUACUUCAAGAUCUUGGAUCACAACGAUGAGAGUGUUCUGGUUGGUGCCAAGGACGUCAUCUAUAAUGUCAGCCUGCAUGGACUGAGGGAGAUCAGCCGCUUGGAGUGGCACAGCACGGAUGCGGACAGGGAGCUGUGCGCCCUGAAAGGCAAGCACGAAUGGGACUGCCAUAAUUAUUUGCGUGUCUUUGCAAAGCGAGACGACGGCCAGGUGCUGCUCUGCGGCACAAAUUCGUACAAGCCACGCUGUCGUCAUUAUGGCCAGGUGGAGAGUGCGUCCGAGGAUGCUGCCGCCUCGGGGCAGAGCAUUGGCAUGCACUACGAGAUCACCAGGGAUGUGGAGGCGCAAGGCCUGUGUCCCUACAGUCCGGCACACAACAGCACGUAUGCCUAUGCCGACGGCCAGUUGUACAGUGCCACGGUGGCGGACUUCUCCGGCGGCGAUCCGCUCAUCUACCGCGAGAACCUGCGCACCGAGCAGUACGAUCUCAAGCAACUCAACCAGCCGGACUUUGUCGGCACCAUCGAGCGGAAGGGCUUUGUGCUGUUCUUCUUCCGCGAACUGUCGAUGGAGUUCAUGAACUUUGGCAAGGCCGUCUACUCGCGGGUGGCGCGAGUCUGCAAAAACGAUCGGGGAGGACCCUACAACCAUGGCAAGAGCUGGACCUCGUUCCUGAAGGCGCGCCUCAACUGCUCGGUGCCCGGCGACUUUCCCUUCUACUUCGAUGAGAUCCAGGCCAUUAGUCCGAUUGUGGAGCGGGGAGCAGAUUCCCUGGUCUAUGCCGUAUUCACCACCUCAGUGAAUGCCAUUCCGGGCUCGGCGGUGUGUGCCUUCAACGUGGACGAUAUACUGGCAGCCUUCGAUGGAGACUUCAAGUCGCAGAAGGAUUCCCAGUCCCAUUGGCUGCCGGUGGAGAGGGAGGCUGUGCCCAAGCCGCGACCGGGCCAGUGUGUAGAGGAUUCCCGCACGCUCACCAGCAUCGCUGUGAACUUUGUCAAGAAUCAUCCGCUGAUGGAGAAGGCCGUGCCGGCAGUGCACAGGCGUCCCCUGCUGACCAAAGUGAAUCUCCACCACCGCCUCACGGCCAUUGCUGUGGAUCCUCAGAUCAAGGCGCUCAACGGCGCCCACUACGACGUCAUCUACAGUGGCACGGACGAUGGCAAGGUGACAAAGUUCAUCAACAUCCUGAACACGCACCCGAACUCCACUGUGGAUCGCCUCAAGACAGUCGUCAUAUCGGAAAUGCAGGUGCUGCCAUUGGGCACGCCCAUCCGGGAGCUUGUGAUCUCCUCCAAGAAGAACGCCCUGGUUGUGGUGAGCGACGGCAGCCUGGUCAGUGUGCCGCUGCAUCAUUGCACGCUCAUUGUCGACUGCGUCGGCUGCCUGAGUCUCCAGGAUCCCAUUUGCGCCUGGGAUCUGCAGACACACGAGUGCAAGAAUCUCGCCACCAGUCAGCACAAAUUCGGCACAAAGACGUACCUGCAGAGCCUGAACACCACCAAGAAGGCGGCUGCCUCCCUCUGCCCCAAUAUGCCCCGUGAUGGCCCAGGCGCCGAAACUGUUAGCUUCGUCACCAUUGCGCCAGCACCAACGGAGGAGCAGAAGCUGCUGUACUCGAAUGUUGGCGCCGCGGCGGGCAGCCAGCCCAGCUUGGAGCAGCAGCCAACGGGUGGCGAUGACUUUGGCAUGAACAAGAUUACGCUGACCUCAAUGGAUCCCGAGGAGGACAUAAUUAAUCUGAACGUAGAUCCACAGAAAUCGAUUGCCAGCGUGGAUGAAAUCAAGCAGGCCUCCAGUCCGGGCACCAUGGUGCUCAUGAUUGUCGUUUUCAUCACCUUCUUUGUGGGUGGAUGCGUGGGCAUUGCGUGUGUCAAGGCAAAGAACCGCUUGGAGGGCCAAAUGGACGACAGCCACCACAAUCACUUUGGCAAACCAAUACAAUUUAAAAACCAGAAUAGCGGCAAGGAUAUCAAUCUGCUGAUGGGCUCCAAUGCCUAUGUCACCACACAGAAAACGCCGAAUUUGGAUCUGGAAAAGGAUCGCAGUCAUGAGUGCAAGAACUCCACAGAACAUUUGGAAAAGGAGCUGCCCUGCAAGACGUCCACGCUAACGAAAGUGAAACGCACUUACAUUUAAUGCGCUAGCAGGAGAAGCUGCAGCAGCAGCAGCAGCAGCUCUCUGCAAAAUUAGUCGAAUUUCUAUAUAUUCUAUAACAUAUUUUCGUUGUUUAUGUUGCUGUUAGUAACCCGAAACCCCACCACAUCCCUCGAAUGGAACAGACAACAGCUUCGGGGAUGCGUUUGAAACGCGUCUCGAGAGCAGAGGGCGCAGAAGCUGUUGCACCUAUUUUUAUACCCGGUACUCGAAGAGUAAAUAGGGUAUAUUGUAUUUGUGCACAUAACGGUUGUAUGUAACGCACAGAAGGAAACGUUCCCGA